GUGUCUGAGGUUUAAUGUGGAAAGAAGGUGAUGCUAUGAUCUGGCUUGUUUCUGUGUAGAGCAGCAGAUAUGCUGCUGGGGAGAGCAUUGUUAGUGCUUUUGGAGCUGGUUGUGAAAUAAUCCUGUGUCCUGUUCUGCACCAUUCAAAGUAAGCUGCUGUCAAUGCAAAAAGUGUGUCCUCUCAUUAAGUCACAGCAUGGGAGCAGGAGACCACUCCAAGGACUAAUUGUCCAGCAGAUCUGCCAGGGAUGCCAGAAGCAAAGAAUCAUCAAAGUUUCACCGUUUCACCGUGUUAAGGGGGGAAAAAAAUCACAAUACACAUUUAUGCUCUGCAGCAGCAUAAUUAAAAGGAGCUGGAUCGGUCCCAAUGGACACAAUGUGUUCUACAUGAAAUGGGAAAGAAAAAGGAAUAAAGAAUGUGACUUGUUCUAAGAAAAUGCAAUUUUAAGAAAAGAUCGGAUGAGAAAAUAAUUUGUAGUUGAUGUUUGGGAGGAAUAAGAAACAUCUCAAGCAUCUAAGAAAGGACCUGCUGAAUGAAAGUAAGAAGAAAGUCUUCAGAGGGGGCAUUGUGAAGUUCUCUUUUAUAUGCAUGCACGGUUUGAGCCUGAAUCUGAUGUCUAUUUUAUCAUAUGGUGCAUGGUGUGGAUUAUACAGUCUAUGGUAUGUGCUCAGGAUGAUACUUUUACAAGGAAUGUAAUGGCAUUGUUACAACCUAAAUAACUGCUAAGAAGGAAUGAAAUUGUGCGUUUUAAAUUGUUACAUCAACUCACAAAAAUCAUGAAGACCUUUAAUGGACUAGAGGUGCUAAUUUUAGCCUUAUUUUCCAAAGGAGUUUUGCUUUCUUCAAGUGACCAUAACUUUGUGAGGAAAGAAAUAAAAUUUGAAGGGGACCUUGUUUUGGGGGGUCUGUUCCCCAUCAAUGAGAAAGGUGGGGGGAUGGAUGAGUGUGGCAGAAUCAAUGAAGACAGAGGAAUCCAACGACUCGAAGCCAUGUUGUUUGCUAUCGAUCAGAUAAACAGAGACAGUUCCCUUCUUCCUGGCAUUAAACUAGGAGUUCAUAUUUUGGAUACAUGUUCAAGGGAUACCUAUGCAUUGGAACAAUCUCUCGAGUUUGUUAGGGCCUCUCUAACUAAAGUGGAUGAAGCGGAGUACAUGUGUCCAGAUGGAUCAUAUGCCAUCCAAGAAAACAGCCCGUUGCUCAUUGCAGGAGUUAUCGGUGGAUCCUACAGCAGUGUAUCGAUACAGGUUGCCAAUUUAUUAAGACUCUUCCACAUUCCUCAAAUAAGCUAUGCUUCCACCAGUGCCAAACUUAGCGACAAGUCCCGUUAUGACUAUUUUGCAAGGACUGUGCCACCAGACUUCUACCAGGCAAAAGCAAUGGCUGAAAUCUUGCGUUACUUUAACUGGACAUAUGUCUCUACUGUCGCGUCUGAAGGAGACUAUGGAGAGACAGGAAUUGAAGCUUUUGAACAAGAAGCAAGAAUGAGAAACAUUUGUAUCGCGACAUCAGAAAAAGUUGGGCGAUCAAAUAUUAAAAAGUCUUAUGAUAAUGCUAUACGGGAACUGCUUCAAAAGCCAAAUGCUAAGGUGGUGGUUCUUUUUAUGAGAAGCGAUGACACCAGAGAACUUCUGGCAGCUGCCAACAGAUUCAAUGCUUCAUUUACAUGGAUUGCUAGUGAUGGAUGGGGUGCCCAAGAAAGUAUUAUUAAAGGCAAUGAACAUAUUGCUUAUGGGGCAAUAACUUUAGAGCUUGCAUCACACCCGGUUAAAGAAUUUGACAAGUAUUUUAAAAGCCUUAAUCCAAAUAACAACCAUCGCAAUCCCUGGUUCAAGGACUUCUGGCAGCAAAAAUUUCAGUGUAGUUUACAGAAUAAAACCCCACAUGCAAAGCCGUGUGACAAACGUCUCAAUAUCAACAGCUCCAACUACGAACAGGAGUCCAAAAUCAUGUUUGUGAUCAAUGCUGUUUAUGCAAUGGCCCAUGCAUUACACCAAAUGCAGAGGACACUGUGUCCAAACACCACCGUUUUGUGUGAUGCCAUGAAGGUUCUAGACGGCAAAAAACUUUACAAGGAUUAUUUACUGAAAGUUAAUUUUACAGCUCCUUUCAUUCCUUUGAUUCAUAGAGACAGCAUUGUGAAGUUUGAUCCAUAUGGAGAUGGAAUAGGUUUGUACAAUGUAUUCAAUUUUCAGUACAACAAUGGCAAGUACUCUUAUCUAAAGAUCGGCCAGUGGGCAGAAACCUUGUCACUGGACGUGAACCUGAUCCAGUGGUCUAAGAGAUUCAUUCCAACGUCACAAUGCAGUGACCCUUGUGCUCCAAAUGAAAUGAAAAAUAUGCAACCAGGAGAUGUAUGUUGCUGGAUUUGUAUCCCAUGUGAAAAAUAUGAGUAUCUGGUAGAUGAGUUUACCUGCUCAGACUGUGGUCCAGGACGCUGGCCUUCUGCAGACUUAACUAGCUGUUAUGAUUUGCCAGAAGACUACAUUAAAUGGGAAGACGCAUGGGCUAUCGGACCAGUAACAAUUGCAUGUCUCGGUAUCCUGUGUACGUGUAUGGUUGGAGGAGUCUUUAUCAAACACAACAGCACACCUUUGGUCAAAGCAUCAGGCCGGGAACUCUGCUACAUUCUCUUAAUUGGAGUCUUCAUGUGUUACUGUAUGACAUUUUUCUUCAUAGCCAAACCUUCACCAGUCAUAUGUGCACUCCGUAGACUGGGACUUGGAACGUCUUUCAUAGUCUGCUAUUCCGCUUUAUUAACCAAGACAAAUCGCAUUGCCAGGAUUUUCAGUGGUGUGAAGGAAGGUGCUCAAAGACCUAAAUUCAUCAGUCCCAAAUCUCAAGUUGCGAUAUGCCUGAGUCUCAUCUCGGUUCAGAUUGUCAUCGUGUCUGUGUGGCUCGUGUUGGAAUUUCCUGGCACACGACGAUUCACACUUCCUGACAAAAGGGAAACUGUCAUAUUGAAGUGUAAUGUCAAAGAUUCUAGUAUGUUAAUAUCUUUAACAUAUGACGUGGUCCUUGUGAUCUUAUGUACUGUAUAUGCCUUCAAAACCCGGAAGUGUCCAGAAAAUUUCAAUGAAGCCAAGUUCAUUGGAUUUACAAUGUAUACGACCUGCAUUAUCUGGCUGGCUUUCCUGCCCAUCUUUUAUGUGACAUCAAGUGACUACAGAGUUCAGACUACAACUAUGUGCAUCUCAGUAAGCCUGAGUGGUUUUGUGGUACUGGGCUGCCUGUUUGCACCCAAAGUUCACAUCAUUCUGUUUCAACCACAGAAAAACGUGGUUACGCACAGACUUCAUCUAAACCGAUUCAGUGUCAGCGGCACAGCGACCACAUACUCCCAAUCCUCCGCGAGUGCUCAUUACACGCCUACCAUCUGCAAUGGAGGAGAGGUUCUUGAUUCUACAACAUCGUCGUUAUAAUUGUGAACAACAUUUUAGUCCUCUGGGUUUUUAGACUGUUAGAUAAUAUGCACUUGUUGUGCAGUUCUGUACUUUUACUUUUUGCUUUUUUUAAGAAAAAAUAUUUUUGCGGACAGUAAACAAUGAUGUUGUAGAACUUUUUUGACUGGUAUAAUGAUCACUGUAAACCACAAAUGUAGAGUAAGUGUAAAUAGGGUGCAUUCAUUACACAAUUUACUGUAUCCACUUAAACAGUGAUGAAUUAAUAUUUCUUAUGAUCUGAUAAUGUUUUUUUGUAAACUAGGUUUUCAUUGUAACCAAUUUUAGAAUGCUUUUCUGUAACAGUUCCAAACCAUGUAACUGGUUGGGGGUUUUUUUGCACAAAAAGCAGCAGUAUUAAUGUAAGAUGCCAGUAUGUGAACUUUUAUCUGAGGUUUCAAGCAUGUUUGUUCUUGGUAAUUUUAAUCAGUUUCUGUUGCACUGAUUUGGGGGAUGAAAGGUGAAUUGAAUGUUUGCCUAUGGCUAUUUCCUGAUAUUGGGUGGUAGUCACACAAUAUUAUUAGUUGUGAAGCAAUCUGUUUACAUACAAUGAGCACUUAUCUGCUUGGUUAACCAGUGUUUAACCCCUUCUUUACUGAGGA